AUGUUUCUUCUUUUUCCUUACAUCAUCACUCACCCUUUUCUUUUUCUUAUUACUUUAUUCCUCUCCAUUUGCUUCUUUCCCUUUAAUUGUCCCUCCCCUCUUUUCUUAUCAUUUAAUCCCUUGCCUUUUUCAUCUUUCUCACUUAAUUAUCUUUUUCUUUUUCUUAGCCCAUUGUCACUCUUCUUUUUCUACUUUCUCACUACAUUACCACUUUACUCUCUACUUUUUCUCCUUUUCCUCUAUAUAAUCGUCACUUUUUUUCUUUUUUCUCAUCCUUUUAUUCUUCUCCUUUUUCUUCUUUCUCUUUACACUGUCCUUCUACUUUUUUCAUCUUUCACUUUACAUUGUCCUUUUCUUUUUCUUUUCACUUUAUCCAACUUCUUUUUCUUUUUUUUCCCCUACGUUUUCCAUCUUCUUUCUUUUUUUUUUAUUUUAUUUUACUUGCUUAAACCCCUCAAUUUGUGUACUGCUUAUGUUUUCUUUGUUCUCAAAUUGUCGCUUCUCUCAUUCCUUUACCAAUUUUUCUUUGUGCUUCUUCAUUCCUUUUUUCUUUUAUUUCCCUCUUUUCUUCUUUCCAAUUUUCUAUCUAUCCUUUUCUUUUUAAUUUCUUUUCUCACCUUUUUCUUUAUUUCUCCUCCUUCUUCCCAUCACUUUUGCUUAUUCCCCUUUAUUACCGGAUGUCACUUCCUCUUCUUUGUUAUCAUCGUCUGA